UCAACCUUUUAGACAUGUGAGACUUGCUUCGACUGUAAUAUUCUGCUUUCAAACUGGUGAUCGGACUUGGGACUAUUCACCAUGAGCGCGUUUGGAGCAAAACGAAAAGCGCGCAAGAUUACCGUCCAAGAUGACGAUGACGAUACAGUUCCCAUUCCCACCGAUUCCUUAAAUCCGCCAGAGGAACCACAAGGUCCCGCGUUACAACCAUCCUUCAAGACAAAUCGUCGGCCAUUCAAACAAUCAUCGCUACGAAAGAGUAUAAAUAUCGAUAAGGUCGAGAACAAUACCUCUACGCCUCAAAAGGCGAAGGACGAGGCGGAAGAUGGCGAGGAUGGAGGUGCACCUUUACUGAUCCGACCGAUGGGGAGGUCAGGGUCUACGAAGAUAAAGAAGCGAGCAUCCAGUUCUCGCCUUUCGUUUGGUGGUCCCGGAGAAGAAGCUUCUGCAGAUGAGGACUCUAUAGUAUUAGGAGAAGAAGUCUCUACGCCGAAACGAUCCACAACGCUUGCGCAUACUGCAGUAGAGAACAGUGCCUACAAAAAGGGAAUCAAGAACCUGCCUCUUGGACGGCUACCGAUGCGCUCCACCGACACCGACGAGGACCGACCACGCUAUAGCAAAGAAUACCUCUCUGAACUACAAAUGUCAACCCCCAACACGCCCCAGGACCUCUCGAAACUCCAACCCACCUCCGACGACGAGAUGAUCCUCGACCCGUCCGAGCUCGAAGGCGCCCUCGUUGUAGAAACCACCACAUCCCAACCCGCCCCUCCCAAACCCACAUCCAUCCUAACCGAAGCCGAGAUCCAGGAGAAGAAAUCCCGACGCGCGCGUCUAGCAAAAGAAGGCCAGCACCGCGACACCGAGGACUUCAUCUCGCUCUCCGACGACGACAACAACGACGGUCGGGGGCCGGGAGACUCGUACCUCACGCUGCUCUCGCAGCGGCGCGAAGAGCGCAAGGGGGGCAAAGAGGACACACGUCUCAUAGCCGAAGACGAGGACCUAGGCGAGGGCUUCGACGAGUUCGUCGAAGACGGGGGGCUGUCUCUCGGCAAGCGAGCGGAGCGCGAGGCGCGCCGCAAGAAGCGCGCGGAGAUGGCGUCGCUGAUCACGGCGGCGGAGGGCGGCGGCGACUCGGGCGAUGACGAAUCAGAUGCCUCGGAGGCCGAGCGCCGGGCCGCGUACGAGGCGGCGCAGACGCGCGCGGGCAUGGACGGGCUCGCCGAGGAGCGCGAGCAGCAGCGGCGCCGGCUCGGCGCGGCCGCCGCGUACCGGCUCAGCACGGCGAUCCCUAAGAUCACGCCGCUUCCCGACCUGAGCGUGCUGGUCGCCGAGUUCAAGGCGAAAGUUAGGAGGAAGGAGGAGGAAAUGGAGAGGUUGAGGCUCAGGAUCGAGGAGAUUCGAGCUGAGAGGGAGGGUAUUGAGAAGAGGGAGCCGGAGGUGCAGAGGUUGCUUAAUGAGGCGGGGGAGAGGUAUCGGGUUUUGAUGGCUGGUGGUGCGGAGACUGCUGCGAAUACGAAUGGUGAUGGAAACGAUAGCAGGGACGGUAAUGGGGUUGUAGGGGCGAAGGCGGAAGAUAAUGUGGCGGCCGCAAUAUCGCUACUUGAACAAGCUAGGGGUGGGAUAGAUUCUCCCGGACAGAGAGGGCUAGAAAGUCUAGGAACGACGCCGGUGAGACAGCGAUCGCAGAUGGAGAUGUGACCUAGCAUACUUGAUACCCAAUACUGAAUAUCACCGAUCUGAUUUGAGUCGAGUCGGUUCGAUUCUUCACAAUACAUACGAUGAAAUUCGA